CAGAGCAAGAGCUGCUUCUAUCAGCACCGUCGAAAGGCGAACCGAGAUCGAGCGCCGGUCGAUCGCGCGUAGAUUUUCACCCGAGAGUGGAUUUUCUUGUCUUGCUCUUCGUGUGUUGUUUGUUUUAGUUUUUUUUUCGUUUAUUUUGUCCUCGAUCAAACCGAUCCGUGACAGCGUACGAUGCUGCCGAACCGAUCACCGGCAGGGACCUUGCGUGCGUGCGUGCGAAAUCUGUAGAGGAACAAUCCGAAAAUCGCGAAACAGAAAUCUGGUUCCCAUCGUGGACCGCGGUGAAGUUCGCAAACCUGUUAUCUGUGAAAUAUUGCCCGGUUUUCUGCUCACGCACAUCGAGUGAAAUUCGAAGGGAAAAAUAUGAUCGCAGCAGUGUAGUCGUCCUACCGGAGUGUUCCUUAUUCGGAGCGAUAAGUGAAUAAUCAAGUGCUUGCUGGUGAAGUGGAAAUUUUGUGAUAAUUAAACAGAAACGCCCAAUAAAGAACGUGGUGUAAAAAUUCCAGUAACCCGCGACGUUAAUUAACGAUCUCACACUUCAGGUAGCACACACCGAGUCAAGUUAGCAAACCGGAGAAGCCAGCAGUGGAUGUGACCGUAAACAGACCGACGACCAUUGUCAAGUGUCACUGCUAUUUGUUUCCGAUCAACUUUUAAUUAAUUAAUUACCGGUGCCACCCGUUGAACCCCACUAGGGAACGUGUGAGGAUCUUUCCGCUGAGUGCGCGUCUUCAACGAAGAACAAAACUGUGUGCGAAACCUUGACCGUGUUGACCCUACAAACCAACCACCCCCCGCCCACCUCCUCCUUCAACCGUCCGUUUAUUAUCCACAAGGGAACUAGGUUCCGCGAAGGCGCCACGGCACCUCGGCCGGCACCCGCUUCCUAUAUGAUGUUGAUAGGGUCCGCCAUCGGGAGUGAGUUCGCACAGCUGCCGACCAGUGGAGCCGCCCCGUGGAGCAUGGAACCACCGAGGGCACCCGGGGGGUUGCCCCCGGGCCAGCAGCAGCCUCCGCCACCGACGAUGCAGCUGUCACCGACCGUCGGUCUCUCACCGAACCUGCCCUCGCCCGGAUCCGUUCCGACGACGACGAACCUAUUUGGAGCAGCCGCGGCAGCUGCUGCCGCCGUCGGGAAUCCCGCCAACGCUCACGCCCUGGCCGGUUUGGUGUCCCAGCAUCGAUUGCUUGAACUGUCCCGCUUUGGACUGCGUGGCUACGAUCUGGCACAGCAUAUGCUAACCCAGCAGGGUGCGGUGUCAAAGCUGUUAGGUACCCUGCGACCACCCGGUCUGAUCGGUGGGUCCAAGCCGAAAGUGGCGACACCGGCCGUCGUCUCGAAAAUCGAACAGUACAAACGGGAGAACCCGACCAUCUUCGCCUGGGAAAUCCGCGAACGUCUCAUCUCGGAAGGCGUCUGCACCAAUGCGACCGCCCCGUCCGUGUCAUCUAUCAACCGCAUCCUACGAAAUCGGGCCGCCGAACGAGCAGCAGCAGAAUUUGCACGAGCCGCCGGUUAUGGUCUGUACCCCCCGCCACCGUACGGAGGUUUCCCCUGGCCGGCACCAACACACCUGUGGCCACCGGGACAAUCACUACCGGGCAUGACUCCGCCGGGAAGCAGCAGUAACUCCACGCCGGUCACGCUGGGAUCACCCGGUUCCGGAUCACACGACACGCUCGGUAGUCCGGAUGGGAACCGACUGAUUGGUGAGUUUGAUAUCGAAGGAGAAAACUCGAAUAGCUUAGAUGGAGAUCAACCAAAGUUUAGACGGAAUAGAACCACCUUCACGCCGGAGCAACUGGAAGAGCUGGAAAAGGAGUUUGACAAGUCGCACUAUCCGUGUGUGAGUACGAGGGAACGGCUAGCGUCUCGAACUUCGCUCAGCGAAGCCCGCGUACAGGUUUGGUUUUCCAACAGACGGGCGAAAUGGCGACGUCAUCAAAGAAUGAAUCUUUUAAAAAGGUCCAGUUCCCCGAGUUCCCGAGCGGCAGCAGCAGCAGCAAGUUCCGCUUUCACCCCUGGUUCCCCGCCGCCACCGGGAUCGGGUUCGGUCACCGGAGUCCAACCACUGGUGGGCCUCACGGGAACACAUCACCAAAACCAGUCAACCUCACCGGCAGUGGGAACGUCGUCCCACCAGGCGCAGGCAGCGGCAGCAGCAGUGGCAGCAGCUCAGGCGGCGUCAUUAGUCACAGCAUCAACUCCAUUAUUAAUGGGCGGUGAACAUAGUGCCUUCCGCUCCUUGGUACCCUCCUCGGCGGCGGCGCUAUUCGCCGGACUAACCCGUUCGUAUGCGGCCACCGCAGCCAGCUGUUCCUCGAACCCAUCGGCAAGCCCCAUCCCUAGUGAAUCGGACGAAGAAAUUAACGUGCACGACGAUGAGUCUGACAUCGAGGUAUCCAGCCGUAACGGUCGUGAAGGAUCCACACCCCUGCAGCUAACCAAACACGAACGGCACUAGGAAACCAGGCCGGUAGUACUCAAUAUCCAAGCAAUUAUGUAAAUAUUACGUCUGACCCCCACGCUCCCUGCGGUUCCGAAAAACUAUUCGGAAUGGCCGACUAACACAAACAUCCACGAAGCGAGUCCGUUCUACCUUUCCUACCCUCAUUUUAUUUAGGUUAUACUACAGAGGCGCGUACAACACUCAUGGUGCAAUUUAGAUAUCUUUCUCUCCCCCUUUGUUACCGGUAGCUUCCAUCAUGGCCGUCCGUUCGGAUGGCCGCACCACUAGCAACAACGACAAAGGAAGCCCUAGAAAUUAAAUAGCCUUGCCCAGGCGCAAACACGAUUACCCCUCGUUUUCGAAUUACACCAUUAACCAAACUGCCAGCAGUGACAGCAACGCAGUUAGCCAUGAAUCACGUACUCACCACUCGCCGUCGGUCGGGUGCUGAAGUAUGGCGUCCUACCGCUCUCGGUUCUGGUAUGAGUGUCGAAUUCAGUAUGCCUUCUGUGACCAGUGGGCAAACGCAUGAUGGCGUAUUUCGUCGCUCUCCUGAAAAUGACACAGAUAACAAGAAACCCGAUAAUACGCAUGACAAUCAGACAGGGAUUAAAAAGUGCUACGCACUUGACGGCAACGUUUCGGUUUGGUCCGAACAGAGCGUUGCGAAUAUGAAAACAGAUAAGUCUAGGGGGGAUUUCACGCCAAACCGUCGAUCCCAGUGAAGCUUUGUGAGUUGUGUUUUCGGAAUUCAUUUACACAAAAAUACUUUCCAGUUUAUGUGACUUUAAAUGUUCGAUUCUCUAACGCUAUAAAAACUGUAACAACGUUGUUGAGCCCUUUAGUAUAGUAUUUAUGUUAUUCGUUACUUUUCGGCAUUUAUUUUGUGAUUUGUAUUAAAAGAUUGAUAGGAUUUUUUCUCGGUAUUAAAUUUUCUAAUUAUUGUAAAGUUAAACAUCGCCAGAAUGUUGAAUAAUUUUGGACGUUCCACAAAUUGAGUUUCAAAAUUUGCGUUUUAAAAUCACUGAAAAAUAUUAUUCACCAAAGUGAUGACAAUGCAAGUCAAUGAGGAAUAUGAAGAUGGUAAGACAGUGGUGAAGCCACAAACGGCCGACUUCGAGCCGCCAUUUCGAAUUUUCAAAAGCACAAAACUGGGUAAUAGUUAAUGAGUCAUCUGUCAAAACGAUUUUUAAUGACAUUCUGCACAGUAUUAGGAAAAUCGUGGAGUUUUUAUUUUAAAUCCAGAUGCUAAAACCUAACAACACAUUCACAUGUUAUUGAAGGAUGAAGACUGAAAUUAUAACUUUACGUUACCAGCAAUAUUGCACCGCACCCUUUCAAAGUUCUUACAUCUAGCUCAGUUAUCGAUGCCGUUUUAGAAACGCUGGAAAUGAAACGUCGAGCAGUACCUAUUUCCAUCAUUUGAAGUCCCCGUUCCACCUGGUUUUGGUUUAACGACGAUUAGUCCUAUUCCGAUCUUGAAUCGAUUCUGGAUUUGCCUUUCCUCUAUUUUCAUACUUUCGCUAUCCUUUCCACUAAAUCGCCAUUUUUUAAUGUCGAGACGAUUAUAACAAAUUUAGAAAAUAUUCCAUAAAUGUAAUGAAAGUUUUAGAUGGAUCAAAUCAGGCUGCACUAAAGUCUCACAAAUCUCACCGAAUCCGAGCAUGCAAAAUUGAGGGUCCAAACUGAAAAAACUUCGCUGUUCUUCUCACGCUGGUGUAGCAGGUCUGAAACGAUUUGUUUCCAGUGAAAGAAUUGAAAACUUUGCUAUGGUUAAAACCAUACUUGAAACCAUCUCGUAGUGAACUAUGAUGAUUCCGCCAUCUUCUUUGAUCUUCGUUAGAAUGAUUUUAUCAACUUCAACUUGAUUCUGCAUAUACCUUUUCUUUUUUAGUAAUAAUUCAAUCGUUUCACUGGCGAGUAGAAUCCUCACAUGUUUUCCCGUCGACAGUGAUAAACUCCGAACAGCACUCUUUUUUGGCAGCUACAAUUUUUUUCGGAUGUUCGAAUAAGUGUUGUGUUUGCCGCACUUGUCAACCCGCUUUCCCGAAGUUUCAUCUGAUUGGCGUAUGCUAAAUCACGUCUCAAGUUUACUAUCUUUCGGCGUUUAAAGCUUCUGAACUAGGGGAGGGGGAGGGAGUUUAGAAAGCAAGAAAUUAAGGAGUUUGAGCGGUUUUUGGAAGUAUUGGCUUCCAAAAACUAAAUUAGUUAGGAGAUGCUCUAAUGUUUUACAAUAUUCAAAUCAACAUAUUUUUAAAAAUUCCUUCAUUUAUAGAGUCAAGUAUGCCCUUCAAAGUGAGACCAAGAGAUAUUUUUUACGUUUGCCCCAAAAAGAAUGACAUACAAAUGAAAAACGCAUAUAUUUUGAUGAAAAAUAUUAAUAACUUCGAGUAAAAUUGAGAUAUUCACGAUGUCAGCAUUGCAAAUUGUUUCUUUUAAAAAGCUCUAAAAGUCGUUCAAAGACAGUUUUGAGAUGAAACUUGAAAUAAAAAAAAUAGAGGGUAAUAUGUGUUUUUUUCAAUAUAAAUCGGUUGUUUUCAAAGAUAGAGAAAAACUUUUUUUUUGCAAAGCUACUUAAAAUUAAUGGAGAUAUAACAUUGUAGAACAAAUUUUUCUUCUAUUUACAAAGAUAAAACAGUUCGAUACUUGAUUGCAUCGAAAAUGUUGGUGGCCCUAAUUUUUGAUAAUUUUUCAAUGAACGCUUUAUCAUAUGUAACAACUUUGUGGAAAAAAGUUUUUCUCUAAAAAGUUGCUACAGUGCUCUAGACCCAAAUUUCCCCCUAAAUUUAGUUUCUGGACCAUUGUGCAUUGCAGAACACUUGUUUUUCUACCGGUUAAAUUGAAAAAGUUUUGAAAUAGGUACACCUUUACCGAAAAAACAAUAUGGCGAGUAUUUCAAAUGAUACCAAAUCAAAAAUGAUGAAAGUCAUCAGAACAUAUAAAAAGGUUCAAAUGGACACAAACGUCAGAAAAUAAUUAGGUUCACGAAUUUCUACUUCAAAGUUCCUUUCAAAUAAAAAAAUAUCCAUUCAAUUUUUAUUAUUUUCAUUCGAUGAAGUAAAAAUAUUUUUUUGAACUUUUGUUUCCAAUCUAGUCACUAAACUGAAAGAAAAAAAAUGACAAGCAGCAAUAAAACCUAAAUCAUUUUUUGAAUGAUUUUUUUUUUUUAUGACAAAACGCUAUUUGAUUAGAUUCUGUUUCAAAGUAACUUGAUGAAUGUUUAAGAUUUUCCGGCGUUUUAGUUAAGCCCGUUUUGUUUUAGUCAGCGCGCCUGUAUACUUAGAAUUCCUGAUUGUUAGUAAACUGAAGUUAUCACCAUAUGAGUUGUCUUAUUUUAGUGUUUCUUUUUUUUUUUUUUUUGGUAUUUAAAUUCGUUUUUUUUUUUUCACUGUGAACACCUUGCUAUUUUAAGCAAAUAUUAUUACCACAUAUGUAACACUGCAACCUAGCUCCAUCGCAGCAAAAAACGCUCAUUUUUCAAGCUAAUAACAGUCACCGCGCGACAACACCAUCUGAUACGCGUCGUUCAAUCUCACCUCAACAUCGUCGAAUGAAGCAUCAGAAGGAGAACACGCAACCCCUUUGUCUCACUCGCUGUAACCGAAACUUCGUAAACUCAGUUCGGCUUGCGCUUGCCGAAGAGAAGAUGAACACUCUUUAUAUUCCACACGACUGUUGCAUGUGUAAUCUUUUGCGUUCUGCUUUGCCUUCCGUCUUUCGGAUGAAGUUAAAAACAACUUCUAAUGACGAAAAUAUUGCUUAAAAUGAAUUUCUACAAUCGUCGUCGUCGUCUUCGUCUUCAUUAUCGAACUGAAGCGACUAUAGUCAGCUUCAAUGAAAUCGUCACUUGGAUGGAUGAGAGUAAAUUACUUCGGACAAACAAAGCGUUGAUGCCGCUGUUGCGUUUUAGGCCGUGGACAUACUGGCGCGGCUUACGUUGUAAAGACGGUUCACCUUGCCGUGGGUUAAUGUACAGCCCUAAGUAGAGCUGUACAUAUACCAGCGAUAGGGCGAGUCGCCUUCACAGCGCACACCGCGCCAGUAUUUCCAUGGCCUUAAACAUAUAGGAGCAGGAAUAAGGGCUAGGAAAAUUAUGCUUUAAAGCUGAUAUAUGCGAUUUGUAACGUAUUACAUAUGAUUUGAAUGUAAACGGGACGGGACCUAAUGUAAAUAAUUCGUGCAAUGAGACAUGUAAUAUGUAACGUGUAACAUAUAAUGUAUAAUGUGUAACAUGUAACGUGUAACAUGUAGCGUGUAAAAUGCUCCACGCAACGAUUUGCAAAGCCUGCGACCAAAUACAUCAAUCACAGCACCCAACAUGCUGGUCCUUACCUCACAGGUCAAAGCGAAUAACUUGCCUCGGUUCAUCGUCAUCAUGCAGUUGACGAUACAUUUUAAAUCGUCAAUUGAAGCAAAAUUUGCCUUGAAGCCUAGCAGUUCAAUCUGAACCGACGAUACAAAUACGCCGAAAAAGAAACGACGAAACAAAAUGAACCGAGUGAAAGACGCUUGUUUUGUGAUCAGUGAGAGGGAGAGCGAAACAAAACGAAGUUGAUAUCAAGUCGGGUUGAAGACGAAGUUGAGAUGCAUCAUCGUCGCUUGACUAUGCACUCAUGACGUUUAAAACAUUAUAGACCGAUAAUUCGCUCCACAGGUACGAUUUUGAAACAUGAUGUAUGACAAACUUUCAGUUCUUAAGUAAUGCUACAAGUUUGUCGAAGAAAGCAGUUCUCUAUCUCUUAUGCAUAGAGUGUGAGAGCCAAUAUUCAGUGGGAUAUUCAACCAAUAUUCGCGGUGAAUAAUAUUAUAUUCACCGCGAAUAUUGGCUGAAUAUUGCAUUGAAUAUGGGCUCUCACACUUCAGGUUUCAGAGUUAGCCCUUUGCACUAUUCGACAAAGUUGUAGUCCUGUAGUUUCUCAAAAUGUACUUGACGAGCGAGCUGUCGACAUGCGGUGAAGAAGCUCUUAAAAAUUGAAUAUGCCGCCUUGCCCUUUAAUAAGCAACAGUCUCAUAAAACCACCAGAUUUGAACGUUUAUAUGUGUUUUCUGGUUUACAGACAUUUGUUCAACAGAAGAUUGAACUGUUUGAACUUUUCCGAAACAAUUGGCGUUUCGAAACAAUUGAGUUCUUGAAGAGUUUUGUAAUAUAAUAUGACAGCUUGCUGAAAGCUACUUUUAUGUGGAAGUUUGAUUAAGUGCAGUAAAAUAAAAAUGAUUGCCUUUGAAUUAGUUUCAGUUGGUGGACCCCUCGUUCGCUUCAAAAUUAACAAGUUUUUAAUACAAAGAAAAUUUCAUAUUUUUAUCAAGCAAUAGCUAUCUCAGAGUCAUGCUUCAAAACUGUCUACAAACAGUGGGCAUUAUGCAGGAAACAUCUAAGGCUUUCAUAUAGAGUGUUCAAAGUUUUGACCGCCAUCUUCAAUUUAAUCAGUGGAAUGCGUUUUUGUAAAAGUUGGUAACUACCAAUUUUCUUUUGAGACCAACCUUUGAAUGUUAAGAAAAAAUCCUACAAGAUACAUUCACAGAAUUAGGUGAGUCGUGCAAAAAAAACCCAGCGAGCUAAUUUUCUGUAACAAAUUUCAAUCUUUUUAGCGCGUGCAGCGCAGCAUAGUGUUAGGCCGGUAAAACUAGAACUUUCAUGUCAACAUUUUUGAUGUUUUAUAUUUUUCAGAGGUUUCUUACACUCUUAACAAUCUUUUCCCAAAGUUUCAUGAGGAUCGGUUGAUAUACCGAUAUCUGGUAGCCCUUUGAAUGUUGCGGUGUCAGGCAAUUUCGAAUAUUUUUAUGUUCGAAAAUCACCAAAUCACCAGGCCAAAAACAUAUAUUUCAGAACUCAUACCUUACAGUUUCGUGAACGGAACGAUCCUAUCGUCAAUAACCUAUGAGAAAUUUACCGUACUUUUCAAUUUUUCGGGUCCCGGUUUGCACAUCGUUGCUCAAAACGCUGAGUAAUGGUCAAUCCCAAAUCCGCAAAAUGGGAAAACGGGGAAAAAUACGGGAACGUACAGUGACGUACGAUUCCUUAUUUUUCUUUGAAAGGGCUAUUAAUUACCUUCGAUUACGGUUUGAAAGUUACGAAAUUCUGAAAAAAAGAUGGUCUAUUUUGGAACAACUCCGGUUAAAAAAGCAGCACUCUACGGAUCAAACAAAAAUACGGGUCUAAAGUUUUUCGAUAGAGAACAAGUAUGCCAAUGUUGGGCAUAGUCUGAACAAAAAAUAAAUCUGUUUAUAACAAUGGCAUUUUAGAUCAAUAACAUUUUCUGACAUCAAAAAUGACUUUAGCUCCCCAAAAUUGGCGUCACAUGUCAUUUUCAAAGACCUGCUACUAUGCGCGGCCUGGCUUCAGUGAGAAGUGCCCAACAAUGAAAAACAAAACUGCUCAUUUAUAUGUUCAAAAGGCAUUUGUGAGUUUAAUUAUUGGAAGUUAUCAACAAUUUUGACAUCUGUAGUCCGAUUUUUCAAAACUUCAGAUAUAUUGAAGCUAUGGUGCAAGGGCAUUUAUAUUACUUUUGUGAAGCUUCAAAUGAUACAAUUUUUUUGAAUGGUUAGUUUAGAAUAAAAUAUUCAUGUUGCUCCACAAUAUAUUUUUGCAAUAUCUAAAUUUUGUAGUAGAAUUCAUUCAUCACAAAUUCUGCGUGUUUACAAACAUUUUCAAAAAUUUAAUACAUACUCCGCAUAAUAUUCUAUGUUGAAAAAUUCAAACAAUUUCCGAAGAAUCAUUGUUUAACCAAAACUUUGUAAAACCUAUAAGUUUUGAGUGAAAAUUGUUCGCAAAAAACUCAGACUCUUCCAAACAAUCAUCUAGAUUUUUUUGGUUUUGUUUUUUAUUAUAUUUUAUGAAUAAAUUUUAAUUAUGAAAGAUAGUUUUCAUCAAUUUAACUCCACAUUUUCAGCAAUAUUGCCUACUUUUUAUCUAACAGUGCGUCGUUUCUUCUUUUUAGUGUGGAAAUACUAAAACCUAGAUUCUGGUGUUUGAUAUUUUCCGAUUAUGACCAUUAAUCAAUCAUUUUUUAAGGAAAACUUGCAUUUUCAAUUAUUGGAGCAUGAUUUUCUUUUUACGCACAUCAGCCUCCUGUGCAUUAAGACAAAAUAUUCGAAAUGUGUAAGCUAGAAUACAAACAUAAGUAUAGCAAUUUGUUCAAUUUCUUUUCCUCUGUCAUGAGUUAUCUUAAGAUUAUACAACUGAUAUUGAAUCGAGGGAGCCUAUUUCAAUCCGUCCGAACGUAUUUUAGGCAGUUUGCAUCUGUUGGCACGGAUUUUUUCUAAUACCCAGAAUAUGAUUUAUCGAGAAAUGUACGCUAAUCUGAAUAAUCCAUUCCUUACCCUAUGCAAAUUACAGCUGUAACCACAGCUCUCUGUUUCACUGAAAUCUAUAAAACUGCUACCAACUUCCAGGUGAAUUAGCGUGAAAUCCCUCCUAAUCGACCUUUCGACUGCGAAGCAGGUUGUUUCGUUUUCUAAUGCAAAAACUCACCACACGCGCCCGGGGUAGGAACGAGGUCACCUCACAUUUCAUAAUCUGCAGAAGUUUUGGUACCGAAAGGCAACUACGCGAAUGCGUCAUCAUCUCCGAGCGCAAUUUCACAUUCCGUUCCCCCGGUUUCCACACCUAUAACACCCACACGAAUACGAAAUAACGAGAAGAAAGAAUGCAAGAUCUGUCACGCGAGCAUUUUUGCUCGCGAUAAUCGGUUCGUGUGCGCUUGGGCAAGGUUUCCUGUAAACUGUAAAUAACCUCCAAAUUUCGAUCCCUUUCGAAAAGCAAUCGAUUAUAAAAGCACUUUAUUGCACCAAUUUCUAUGUCAAAAUCAGUCGCAAACAAAAACUAUGACACGACAGUAAACGAAAAAAAAAACUAAUCAUUUAUCUUAAUUAUGUAUAGUCCAAAUCGCGCUGUAAACAAAAGAGGCAGAAGUAAAACCACCGUCCCGGGCUCGGGUCGGAUCGGGUUGCUCGCUAGUGUUACUGUACAGACAGAUAGAUUCGCACCCAUUAUCACUAGAGCAAGACUUAAGGAAAAAGUAAGCAAACAAACACACAGAAGAAACCAUUCCCUCUCUUUAUCGUUAUCCCACUAAUCCACCACCAUACCCCACUCUCCCCUUUUCGCGUUUCACCGUGUACGAACGCACGAACACGGCAAAUGGUAAUUAGUGAGAUUGUAAAUAGCUGCUUUUUAUCGCGAUACAACAACAACACAGAGUGUGUAAAAUAGGCAGAGGCAGUACGAGUGGAAGAUCAGUCUCCUCCUAUCUCUAUUCAAACUAACUUGCCGAAGUCGUCUUGGAUACUGAUAAUGGAUGACGAUGAUUAGAUCGUCGUGAUGAUGAUGAUGAUGAUGGUGGAAAAGUAAAGUAAUACCUAAUAGGGCGAAAAAAUAAGUGAAAUAAACACACAUUAGAAUGUGACGCUCCGCAGUGUUAUAGAUAAGCAAUUUGAAAGUAAAUUAAUUGAGUUGUACCGCAAGCUGGACACGAACACAGACACACACAUACAAAGUUGUAGGGUUAAUUAAAUUAUGUAUUUUAUUUAGUGCGAUAAGAGUUACUGAACUCCUCCUUUUCCGUCCGUGUCUGUAACGGUAGAAGCGAGGAAAUCGAAUCAUAUAGGCAGUAAAAAGCGAGAAAAUAAUUAAGACAGAAAAGCAAGGAAAGCAAGGAUUGCGAAACAAGAGGUGAUCGUUUACGUAGCAAAAUCGAUAAUGAAAACUCGUGUUAUUAGUGUAAGUAAUGCAAUUUAUUUUGAU